ACGAAUAUUGUGUGGGUUCGUCAGCUCUGGGACGCAAAAGCAUUUCUCCAGAGGAUUUAUUUUCAGCCUCGGGAUCUGAUCUCUCUCUUGCUCCCGGAGGCUGAGUGUGAACAUGAGUCUCCCGAGGGGCCAGUCUGGUUCGGUGAGUGCGAAGGUGCUGAUCUCAGGGACCUUCUUGGUCACCCUUUUAAACUGCGCAGGACUGAUUUACCUCUUCUUGCAAUCCAGCAACCUAAGGUCCCAGGUGGAAGCUUUGGAGAACCGCUUGGACGAACUGUCCGGGACAUGGCCCCUGGAGUUUAUCCCGAGUCUGACCCAGGACGCCAGUUACCUGGCUGAGCAGAAAAACCGCAAUAGACGAAGCCAACAAGACCCCGGAGUCCAGGAAGAGCUUGAAGACUCCAUCGUGAUGAUGACUUACUCGAUGAUCCCGGUUCGAAUAUUAAUGGACUUAUGCAACAGCACGAAAGGGAUAUGCUUAACAGGACCACCAGGACCAGUUGGACCUCCAGGCCCUCCUGGUCUGGAUGGGUUACCUGGACUAAAUGGUUCAGAUGGACCCAUUGGACUUCCUGGACCACCUGGAAAGGAAGGCAAGCGAGCUCGAAAAGCUCCCCCAGGACUGAAAGGAGAACCAGGAGAGCCAGGGCCAAAGGGUGACAGAGGAGAACCAGGCCCACCCGGAUCAGACGGAUUACCAGGUCCAAAAGGUGCACCAGGACCAAAAGGUGAUAAAGGAGAACCUCACAAUGAGAUCAUUUUAGAAGGUCAGAGAGGUCCUUUAGGUCCACCGGGCCCAGCCGGACCACCGGGACCACCAGGUCCCCCUGGUCCACCAGGUUCCAGAGGAAAGUCCAGGAAACAACAGAACUUGGUCAGCUAUGGUGAAGCCCACGCUGAACCAAAUGACGACAGUUUAAUCAGAAGGACAUCUGCACAAAAAAUACAGAGCUCAUUUUCAAAGAAAGCCGGACGUACCAUAAAAUCAGUGGACGACCCUUACAAUGUAACAAAGAUAGAAAACACAUUUGGAGCAUGGAUGAAAGACCCUGCACUGAAGCAUAAUGAACAGAUUUGGAUUGUUGAACACUUUUCAGGACUGACAGUUAAAGAAUAUGAAAAUUUAGAAGCACUUAAGAAUGGAACUGACUUCAAAACUAUAACAUUACCAUACUUCUUUCAUGGCUGUGGUCAUGCAGUGUACAAUGGUUCAAUUUAUUAUCACAAAGGAGGAUCUGAUAAUAUUAUAAAAUUUCCACUUGAUGGGAAACGGCUUCAACGAUUGAAAAUGGAAAAUGCUUUGCACAACAAUCGCAAUUAUCUCUUUCAAAAUGCAAAGACAUAUUUUGAUUUAACUGCAGAUAAAAGUGGACUUUGGAUAAUCUAUGCUUCUAAUAAUGAUGAAAACAUAAUUGUUGGCCAAAUUGAAAUCAGUGAAAAAUCAUUUGAGAUUGUUCAGAAUAUUAACACCACUUACCCCAAAUCAAAGGCUGGGAAUGCAUUCAUUGCACGUGGGAUCCUCUACCUCACCGAUACCAAGGACUCCAAAAUAGCUUUUGCAUUUGAUUUGUUGAAAGAGAAGCAACUUGACGUAAGUUUUGAUUUAAGAUCAUCAAAUGAAAUGCUUACAAUGAUAUCCUAUAAUCCACAUGAUCAUCAUUUGCAUACAUGGGAAAAUGGCUUUUUAAAGAAAUAUGGUCUACAAUUUUUACCAGCUGAAUAAAUGCAAAAGAUAGCAAUUCAUGCAUGUGUAACUGGUACAGCUACUAAUUCUUGAGAUGUUCACAAGACAAUUUUCUCUAAUGCCAUAUUGAUAAAACUCUAAUAAUUUCGAUACUUGCACAAAAUCUAAUACAGUAUUUUAAAUAUAUCUGCAACUUCUAUGUUGAACUGUUAAAUGCUUUCUUUCCAUUAGGAAUUAGAGAUUUAUUUGUUAUAUAUGAACCAGUUUGAUACUGUCAGAAUGCAUGGAGGUUACAUUUAUACUGUAGUUUUAGUGCCACAUUCAUGCAAGGUAGUUGCCACUUUGCAGUGGCACUAAUAUUGCAGACUGUUGCCCGACCUUGUAAUACAUCCCAUGGAGAAUACCAUCACUUUUGCCAAAUUUGUUAUUUUAAAAUGCUCUUGGGAUCCUUCAACCACCUACAUUUUCCAAAUUCUUCAGACCACACAGAAAUUUAAUGAACGCAGACAUUCUUGGACUAGUAGCUACAGUAUAAACAAUCCAAAUAAUCUAAAUCCAAAAAAACUCCUUGUACACAAACUUGAGUAAAUGAUUGCUGUGUAAUUAUUUGUGAAUGUUCUGCAAGUGUAUUUGUAAAAGAUACACACAUCUAUGGCAAAUAUAUGCACAGUACAACUUUACAGCAUUUAAAUUUGAGACUUGCAAUAAUUUAGAUAUUGUACAAUAACACAAAAAUUGCCAUCAGUUUUUAAUAUUGAACAUUCAAGCAGAGAGUUGUGAAAUUCAGCAAUAAAUUCACAAUUGUUAAUUGUGCUUUUUAUACCCUUUUAAAAUGUUUCAUAAUGCAACAUUGUGGUAAAUGCAGUUUUUAUUAGUGGUUAAUAAAAUAAUAAACAAAUCAAAUUUCAGAUAAUAGUCAACAUACCAGCUGUAUGAUGCUGUUUGGUACGUAAUGAAGCACUUUAAUUCUAUAUUUUUCUUGGACCCAUCUUUGAAAUGGUAAUUAUGUUGAUUUACAUGUAGACAUCAGAUCAUUCUUAAUCAUGAUAAUUAUUUACAACAGAUUACAAUUGUUGCUUUAGGUUUUUCGUAACAUGGGGAAUUCCAAAACUAGAAUUACAGCACUGUAGCUGUGCAGGAUUACUAUUUCACACAAGACUUCCACUGUGUGCAGAGCAAUUGGGCCAUCUGGAUGAAGAGCAUCCAUGUCUAUCACUCCUCAAAUCAAAGAAAGAUCUUUGGACUGGGUUUUUAGUUGUAUUUUAAUGAAUCAUAACAGGGUCCAGAACUACAAGUGUUAUUUCAACAGAUUGCUCAUGAAAUUGAUCUUAGUUUUGGUCAAGAGCACAGAGGGCACUGAGAAGCCAUGCUGCGACAUACAGCAAGUGUUUUGGCAAUUAUGUCGCUCUUGGUAGUUAUGAUGAAACAGGAGAGCAGCUAAUGGCUGAUUGCUCUUCAACUUCAUAUCUGAAAGCUGUGAAUAGGAAGGAGUUUAUCCCAGGGAUCUCACAGCUUUGGAGACUUUUGUUUUGUGGUUCCAGUAUUCACAGCACUAAUAAG